AUGUCAAAAAAAGGGAAAGGGCUUUCUCAGGACGAAUAUUCGCGGUUUAUCGUAAAUGAGGAGACCUGGAACAACGGAUUCUUAAAUCACAUAAAAUCACUUACAGACGAAAGAGAAAGAGAAUUCGCUCAGAUUAAAAGAAAAUACCAAAGCUCUUUCGUUGAAAUAGAGCCAUUCCACGCAAGAUUUACUCACAAGUUUUCCAAUCCAUCAGAAGUCCACGAAUAUAUUUCUCCUUUGGUUAAAAAAUCAGGAUUACUACAUCUAGAAGUCUUAAUCCCUGACAAUUUUGAUACAGAUGGGUGCAUAUUUAAAAUCCUAAAUGACGAAAUCACUGAUGUUUUUAAAGAAGUCUUGCAAGUCUUUUUUAAUGAACUGUCAAAACAAUAUAAAAGUUUAUUUUAUACAAUGAAAUACAUAGACAAUCACAUGCAAAUAAUAUCAGGGAAAGCGAUAGAUAAAAUAAGAGAAAGAAAAGAAGAAAUUGAAAAACAAAAACAAAUUGAAGAAGAAAAGAAGCAGCCAAUAGAAGAAGAAAAAGAGGAAAAUAAUGAAAAUGAGGCAGAAAACAAUGAAAUUCAAGAAAUAAACAAUCAAAAUAUCAAUUUAAGAAAGGAAAGUAGAGGAACUGAAAAAUCAGAGGAUUAUGAGGAAGAUUAUGAAGAAGAUAAAGAAGAGUUUAAAGAUGAGACUAAUAAAGAAACAAAGCAAAGGAGGAGAAAAUUUGAAAUGAGAGAUAGGGCCGUGCUAAAUAUAAUAGCCCAAGCCUUGACUUUUAAAAACUAUAGCAGCGGAGCCUUGCAAAGCUGCAUUUUAGAUGUCCAAUGUAUGAGAUGUCAAAGUAUUUCUUCUUUAUCAACAACCCAAGGAGAAUUUGACAUAAAAACCGGUACAAAUUCACUGCUUGGCUCAGGGGAAUGCCAAUGCACUCUUAUACUUCAAUUUACUAUCUUUCCAAUAAUCAUGCAUCAGUUGACUGAUUUGAUGAUAGCGACGUCUAAUUUUGUGAACUGCAAGCCUGUUGAUUUUCGCGAAUCAUCAUUUAAAUUCACAUGUGCAGACUGUGGAGCAGAAUCAGCCUUAUUAAACAUUGCAGGCUUCAAUCUUUAUACUGAAAAUUGCACUCAAUACCUUCCGUUUAAUUAUUAUUAUUCAUUUUUCUUAUUUUUUAUUAUUUGUUAAAUUUAUUAAAAAAUCCAAUAAAAAAGCUAGUGCUUUAAAAAACAGUCUUUUAGAAUCCAAGGAAUAGACUUUUUAAGCGAAAGACCAGAUAAGAAAAAUGAAGGCGAAAACAAAGAAAAAUUCAUUGGAAAGCCAUUACCUAAAAACGGGACUUGUAAGCAUUUCUCACAGUCUUAUAGAUGGUUUAAAUACAAUUGCUGCCAAAAAAUAUUCCCUUGCAGCACUUGUCAUGAUGCAAUUUCUGACCAUAAAUCCUCCUCUGCUGAUUACUAUGUCUGCGGGUUCUGUGGAAUGCUUCAGCCAAUUGGAAAAGAGUCCUGUGGAAGAUGCAAAGCAGCAGUCACGAAAGCUGGAGAUCCCCAUCAAGGUAAUAAUUUCUGGGAAGGCGGAAAAGGCUGCAGAAAUAAAGCCCAAUUAAGCCACAAAGACAAGAGAAAAUAUCACAAAAAAAAAUAA